AUGGCAAGUUCCAAAGAAUGCGAAGCUCUACCGCCUUUGCCGCUACCUGAGGGCGUCACCGAAAACUACGUCCACUGUCCAUCCAAUGGCCUCACUUUCCACAUAUUAGAGUCUGGUUACACGCCGCAGCGCGACAAACCUCUUCUGAUUCUCUGCCACGGCUAUCCGGAGUUGGCCUUCUCCUGGAGGAAGGUCAUGCCUGCGCUUGCUGAAUCAGGCUACUACGUUGUCGCCUUUGAUCAACGAGGCUAUGGUCGAACCACCGGCUGGGACACUUCGCCAUUCGGCGAGACUGACAUGUCCCAAUUCACACUGACGAGCAUUGUGCGCGACGUUGUUGCGCUGGUAUUUGCAUUGGGUUACCGGAAAGUCGCAUGCAUUGUAGGCCAUGACUUUGGAGCAGUCACCGCAAGCAGAUGCGCGCUCAUGCGCCCAGAUUUAUUCAGGAGCGUCGUCAUGAUGAGCCAUCCUUUCAAGGCGCCUCCAGAGCUACCGUUCAAUCUAGCACAUGGUAAAGGAGAACACCCAGCACAGCCAAUCGAUAUUCAAGCAGAACUCGCGAAGCUUGGAACACCCAGGAAGCAUUAUAAGUAUUACAACAGCACGAAAAAUGCUGCACGGGAUUGGUCAACUCCAGCGCAAGGUCUUCAUGACUUUCUUCGGGGCUAUCUUCACGUCAAAUCUGCAGACUGGAAGGCCAACAAUCCUUACCCACUAAAAGCGUGGAGCGCAGAGGAGCUCGCAAACAUGCCCUACUACUACAUCAUGCCCCGCGACAAAUCAAUGCCAGAGACGAUAUUCGAGAUGAUGGCUUCUGAGGAUGCAUCUGCAACGAAGCGAUGGAUGUCAGAUGAAGACCUCGACGUAUACGUGCAAGAGUGGUCGAGGACUGGCUUCCAGGGCGGUCUGAAUUUCUACCGGACGACCACAGACCCUUCCAAGAUGAAAGACGUCGAGUUGUUCGCUGGGAAAAAAAUCGAGUGCCCGGGUACCUUCAUCUCCGGAAAGCAGGAUUGGGGCAAUUAUCAACAACCUGGAGCCUUCGAAGAUUUUCCCAAGUCAUGCUCAGAUUUCAGAGGUGUCAAGUUGAUCGAUGGCGCUGGGCAUUGGCCACAACAGGAGCAGCCUCAGAGGGUUGUCGAGGAGAUUUUGUACUUUCUUACGAGUCUCUGA